UCUGUCGGGCAAGGGGUGUGAUGCAUAGUGCUCGCAACAAGUCGACGCAUGCUCUGUGAUGUGCAAACGUGGCGGGGUCGCGUGACUCUGCCUUCACCAAUCACCACUACUAGCGACUCAGUUGGUCAUGAGUCGUGUAGAGGGGAAGUCCUCGUGGUGUGAUGAACACUACCUUUCCUACUGUUCUGAAAAAACAAAACAAAAUCAAUCCUUUGAAGGGCAACACGAAGCAACUGUUAGGAUUGCGUUGGAACCGACACAGUUUAACGCAUUUAGGUGUCAUAUAGUAUAGACUCUUAGUGAAAGGAAACCCAGAAAGACUGUUAUUCUACUUCCCACGCAUGAAAGGUUAACUAAAACUUACGGUGAAUGAACAAACCUCAAGUACAAGCAAGACACAGUGGACGAAGAAGCAACAUGAUGGCGGGUUGGCAAGGGCGUUCACACCUGACUACUACACGGUUCGAUGUCAGAGCGCUCGUGUUGCCUACAAGCGGGCGAACGGGGUGAGGAAGGCCGGGUGUGGCGCGAGUUGUCGGGAGUGCGGUGCCUGUUUGUGGGCGUGCGGGCGGGAGCAUGGGUGAGAGCAUGAACAGAUACGUGACGCUGAACGAGCUGGGGACGGGAACAUAUGGAUCUGUGGUGCUCGGCCAGAGGAUAGACACAGGCGAGAAGGUCGCCAUCAAGAGAAUGAAGAAAAAAUUCUACUCCUGGGACGAUGCGAUGAAUCUCCGGGAGGUGAAGUCGCUGAAGAAGCUGAGUCACGCGAAUGUAGUCAAGCUGAAGGAGGUGAUCAGGGAGAACGAUACCCUCUACUUCGUCUUCGAGUACAUGAAGGAGAACCUUUACCAGCUCAUGAAGUCCAGGGAGAAACACUUCAGUGAGGCAGCAGUGAGGACCAUGGUGUGUCAGGUGCUGCAGGGGUUGGCCUUCAUGCACCGUCACGGCUACUUCCACCGCGAUAUGAAGCCAGAAAACCUCCUCUGUAUGGGUCCUGAGCUCGUCAAGAUCGCUGAUUUCGGGUUGGCCAGGGAGAUCAGGUCGCGGCCUCCUUACACCGAUUACGUCUCCACUAGAUGGUACAGGGCGCCCGAAGUCCUGCUCAGGUCCAACAACUACAGUAGCCCCAUCGACAUCUGGGCUGUUGGCGCCAUCAUGGCCGAGAUCUACACCUUCAGGCCGCUUUUCCCAGGUUCCUCUGAGAUUGACCAAAUCUUCAAAAUCUGUUCCGUAAUCGGCACGCCAGACAAGCGUGACUGGCCUGAGGGGUACUCGUUGGCACAACAGAUGAACUUCAAGUUUCCGCAGUUCUCUCCCACGCCGCUGGCGACCCUCAUCCCCAACGCCACCCCAGAGGCCAUCCACCUUAUGGAAGAGAUGCUUCACUGGAACCCCGCCCGCAGGCCCACCGCCCAGCAGUGUCUCAGGUUCUCCUUCUUCAAGGACCACAAGGUAGACGUGAACAGCCUGUCGUACGCCAUGAGUAAGGCGCGUAUCAAUGACCCCUACGCACAGGACGAAGGCAAAGCGGGCCCCAGCAACAGCGAGAUCGGCGCCAUCCUGGCCGGCGGGACAAGCGGCAAGCGAGGAGGUGGGAAGGUCAACACCAAACUGCCCAGUGGUGCGGGCGACACUAAAAAACACAACGGAUACUCGCACCGCACAAAGAUCAACCUAAACCUCGACCCUGGCACGAGAAGCUACAAUCAGCCUCUGCCUCCCCCAACCCUUCACCUGCAACCCUCCGCGCGGCGUUUGGGCGGGCAUGAUCCUUCCCUGGGCAGUAUACGGGCUAGAGGCCAAGCUAAGCCCUUUAUGGCCAAUGGGCUCGACCUGGGCUCUAAAGGCAUCAAAGAAAACAACUUCUUGCCUAACACCAAGCACUGGUCGUCUUUUCGUGACCCACCUUCCAAUGACAACAAAUACAAUGAUUUUGAAGAUAAUAAAACUAAUGGUUUUGGGAACCUGAGAGCCGUGAGCCGCAGUAUGCCCGGGUCGCUGGUGUCGGUGCAGGCUGGGGGCGGCGUCGGGAGCAACAACCCCAUGAGGACACACUCCUACCCAAGCAACAACCCCACCAUCACCUCCUCCUCAUCCUUCGCCACCACCGGCCUCCCGCGCUCCACUAGUGCCAACGCUAAUGUUCACGGGAGAACCAACUGGGCAGCUAAGUACCUCAAGUAACGUCUCCCAGCGUUAGGGGAAGACGCCGGCAGUCUGGUGAGGGUCCCGGAGGAAGGUGGUGAUGUGGGGAAAGACAAAUAAUUUUCUCCCUUCCUAAACAACAGUUCACAACCUCCUACCGUGACAGAAGGGUAAAUAAAGCCACUGUACUGAGGCUUUACAAAGGCAGAAGGAAGCAGCGGUUCAUUUUCAACGAUACCAGACAACUGGAAAAUAAAUUCAGUUACUAAACCCAUCAUGAGGUAGAAUCCAACACAGGUGAUCCGACCAAAUGUAAAACUUCAAUGUUUUUUUUAUCAACAAUGGGACUACCAGUAUUGACGGAACUCACUCUUCGGAUAUUUUACAAUAUUUUGAAUACUUGCUAAGCUUCAGGAACAUAUAUUUGAAACUGUAAAAAUAGAAUAUUGAAAACAGAACUUUCGGGCUAGCUUCAGGACUCCACUAACUACGUAAUCAUGAUAUAAUGCCGUACCUGGAUAGCAUUGGAUGGACGUAGCUUUUGAACACACACACACACACACACACACACACACACACACACACACACGAGACCAUCAGAGCGAUUACAGUACUUUAAACUUGCUAUCCUACGAGGCCUCGACCUCUUCCUAGUGUCGGUGCCUAUAUCGGAAAACAUUAUCGGGUUUCAUCCUCUAUAAACCUUAUUUUUAGCUAAAUUCACGAGUAGAAACCACCAAAAAAUUAAAGUUACUCUGUUGUAGGCCCAUGAGAUACUCGGUACCUAUUUCCUCCCCCUCCCAAAUUAAUCUCAGUUAUGUUCGUCAUCUCCACGAGCACCCUUAAAGAUACGUGGUAGUCAUCUUCGAAAAGUUUUGUAUUCUGUAUCAUGUAUUGUGUCGUGUGUGUGAAAAUGAACAUACAGUAGUGCUAUUCAAGGUACAGGAGCUGGCUAUAGUCCCGGGCAGUACUGUAUAGGCUACCUCGCCACCACCCUCCUCCCCACACACCCAUAUUAUCUGUGAUACUAAGUACAAUCUCGCCGCCCCGUCCAACCAUACACUAUCAUACUGACAACGAGAAUAUAACGUCUGUAUACUUAGCACUUUAUGCUGACGUAUAAAUUAUUCGACACUAAAUAGUUGAAUGUGUGCAAAGCAAAGAACAUAUAAAAAAUAUGUACAUAAAUACCUAUACUUCGACAGGAUAAAUAUAUAUAUAUAUAUAUACUUAUAAAUAUAGUUUGCAUUUUCAAAUGGGUAGAUGGAUACUGCCUUGCCAAAGACUACUUAUACCUCACAGCUCCGUCCAGCUCCAAGGAAAUGACCCGUAAGACAUGUGAAAAGUGUAAACUGUACAAAAGAUCAAACAUUAUAGCUUAAACGUACAAAACAAAGAUAAAAUAAAAUAAGUGCACCGUGACAUAAUUCUAGAAAAACUAUAAGCGAAAACAAGCUAUAACUGAAUCGUUUCUUGAACACGUAAGAUGAAAAUAAGGAUAAUACCAAAUAAAAACGAAAAAUAGUGAACGAAACAUGAAAUCUGUGGUUAAGUGAAACAUUAAACUGACAUGAAGGAAGAAACAAGAAGUGAAUAAUUAUAAACUCUCUCAAUGUGUAUAGUAUAAUACCA